AUGAUCAAGACAUCUGAGCUGAUUGAGGACACAUUGGUUCAGAUUCUAAAAGGAGAGCCGAAGGAGAAAGUCCCCGGCAGCUGGAGGAGCAGCAGUCCUCUCAUUCAGGGCCUGUCUGUGUUCAUGGUUUCCCUAAAGUGUAACAUCAGCCUCAGAGUGAAAGGAUUGGCUGAGCUGUGUCUCCUCGUGUCCUCAGAGACAUCGAUGGACAAGAAACACCUGGACGAGUUGCUAAGUUAUUUCCAAAAUCCACAAUUUGUGCUGUUGGCUCUGAUGAACCGCUGUGCUCAGUCCAUGGUGUCAGAGCUCGUCCUGCUCCUUCCUCUGCUCUUCAGGCUCAGACAGCCGGGAGCGGACGCAACCAAAGUGGGUCCGUCUGUGGAGGAGGACAACUGGUCAGGACUUGAAAGAGUCUAUUACAGACAGUUCAGGGAGAACAUACAGUCCCACCCUGACAAAAGGAAGAAAAUGCUGGGUUUGAUCCAGGCACACCUAAAAAAGGCUGAGGAGAUGCCUCUGCUUCUGGUGAGCUGGUUAUCUCUGGUCGCAUUUGAGGAUCUUCCGGAACUUUCAGACAUGACGGGAAUACCUGCAGAGCACCUGAUCCAGAGUCUGCUGUACAGACUGCGAAGAUGUGUAGAGUCAAGGGAUAACGAGAGAGCAGAGAGCACUCAGAAAAUCCUGACCCAUUUACUGCUGAAGGUAGACAAAGAGAAGGAAAGAAUGAUUGAAUCUGGUAAUAUAAAGCUGGUCUUCUCGAGCUGCAUCAGUGUGUUGACAAACACAUGUGCAAUAACGCAACUCGUCCAGUCGUACCACGCUGCAGUUCUCUCCUACCAGCUGGUGUUGAAAUUGGCAGACAUGAUGGAUGUUAAACUGAAGAAAGAGUCCUCGGAAGAUGAGUUUGAGACCUCAAAUAAGAAACUCUUGGAGGCUCUACAAUCCGUGCAGCAGAGAGUCAUUGAGUGGAGAGAUGCAUUGCUGCACAAACCCCUUUUGAAGCAUGAGUCUAAAACACUCAGCUAUCCAAAGGAAAUUGAGAUGUGGGACUCGCUGCUGAAGGUGGAAUGUUCUCUUGAAGAAGUUUCAUCCAGUUGGAGGUUGACUCUGAAAAAAGACCUGAAGAAGAGGAUUUCUAAGGCCAGUGAAGAGGAAAAAGUCUUGGUCUGCUGCCUUGAAAUUGCAGCCAUAAGAAAAAGUGACGAGGUGGUACAGACAAGUUUCGACGAGCUGUGUCAGUCUGCUAUCAAGGAAAUCUGCCAGAGAAAGCAGGAGGGAGGCCUGAUGCAGAGCCUCUAUUCUAAGACGAAGGACCCACCCGUUGUUGUCUUGUCUGCUGUUGUGGUUGAAUCAGCAGCACGAUUCAGAGACGACUCUGUAGUCCAGCUGCUAGAUCCACAGUCUGCCAUGAACUACCUGCUGUCUCAAAGUGAUUGGAAGUCGAUCCACGUGGAUGAUGCUGCAAGACAGGUUUUCGACAACUGUGUGACCUCUCUGCAUCAUCUGGUGGAGUCGCUGCUUCAGGGAGACGUGGCCCUGGGAAACCUGGAGACCUGUCUGAAAUACAGAGACCAGUUCAAGAGACUUCAUCAGCAGUACAAGAAACAAAUGAAAUCUGAGAGCGUUCCUGUCAAUGCAGAUGUGGUUUUGGAUCAGAGAGAGAAGGAUUUGGAGUCGUUCAAGCAACGAAAAAAGAAAAUGGAUACACUGAUAAAGAUGAUAGCAAAAGUGGCAGAAAGCCUCACAGUUCCUGAGAUGUUAACUCUGGAGAAGCAGCACAGUGCAGAUCUGCACACUGUGAGCCUGAACACACUGGUGCUUGUUCAGACCUUUGAUUCUGAGGAGAAGCUGGGAAACACGGGCCCCACCCAGGUCCUCUGGUACAAAGUUGGUAUGAAUGUCCUGAAAAUGUCCAAUGAGAUGCACAAACUGCAACACAGCAACCUGAUUCUGCCCCACUGGGUCAGGGAGGCUGCAUCUCUGGCGUCUGCGAGGCAACCCUGCACAUCUCCUGUUCCAGUCACCCUGACACAGAUCUAUGAAAUCAUCUGGCAGCCGCUGAUCACAGAGUUCUCUCAGCUCGGUGUCAGCAUGGCCAAUGCAAGCAUCACUUUUGAAGAGCUCAAUGAGGUUUUGAUGGAAUCCGGCGACCAGGGCGACGGGAAACGAAUGAAGAAGGAGCUGAGUCUGAUGUCUGAGAUACUUUGUGAGUCGGCAAGCUUCAAACCUCAGGAGAACUGGGUGGAGCGGAGGCUGACUCAGAUCCAGGAGUAUCGACAGCUCCACGAGGCGGCCGCUGCAGCCAGUGCAAUGCUGAAAAUCGCAGAACAAAUGAAGCUUUCUGGGAAAUUUGCAGAAAUUGAAACUCUCAGCCAACUGGAAGAAGACACAUUUAAGCAGAGGCCCCUGGGGUCCCUUACUGCUGACCUGUUUCAAGCCAAACUGCAGCUCUCCGCAGUCACCAAGCAUCACACAGCCUGUCUGGAAGAGUUUCUUGCGAGCCAGACUCUGGUCAGCUGGGUCAGAGAGAACCUUACAAAUAUGAGCGAUGUGAAGGUGUAUGUGGACCUUGCUUCCAUCUCUGCUGGAGAGAAUGACACAGAGAUCGACCAGGUGGCGUGUUUCCACGAUGCAGUGAUGGGAUACGCUCCUCUGCUCUACUCCCUCUCCCCUGAGGCUGGCUUUAAGGAGUUCCUGAAGUGUGCUCAUCAGGUGUGGGACACCCAAAACAGAGAUGACAAGCUACCAGACAAAUUGAGAGAGUCCACUCGUCUGCUGAACUGGCUGAAAGCACUGAAGGAGACGCACGGGUCUGUGGAGCAGUCCUCCCUCACCCUGGCUUCUUCUAUUAAUGCUGAUGGAGUUUAUCACAUAGGGUGGUGUGAUGAAAACACAGAGAAGAGAUGUCUACAGAACAUGAUACGGGUCACAAUAAGGGGCACAGAGGAAAAGAGCUACAAGCUUGAAGACCUUCUGGAGCUACAAAACAAACUCAUGCUCAUGUCUUCCAAAGGCGAGCACGGCAGAGAGCAAGUCAACAGAUUUACAGAGAUGUUCGUGGCGCUGAUCUUCUGGUAUCAGUUCUACUGCGGGUUCUCCGGGUCGGCCAUGGUCGAUCAGUGGUACCUGAUCUUCUUCAACCUCAUGUUCUCCGCCUUCCCUCAGCUCAUCACCGGCACGCUGGACAAAGACGUGUCUGCAGAGACUCUGCAACAACUACCUCAGCUCUACGUCAACGGGCAGAACUCUGAGGAAUACAAGCCAUAUAUGUUCUGGAUGAAUAUGAUCGAUGCCUUCUAUCAGAGCCUGGUCUGCUUCUUCAUCCCCUACUUUGCCUACGCUGACUCUGAUGUGGAUUUGUUUACGUGGGGAACUCCCAUCACCUCCCUGGCUUUAUUCACCAUACUGGUGCACCUGGGCAUAGAGACCAAAACCUGGGUGUCCACAUGUUUCCCGUAA